AUGCCAGAUUUAUCCAAUGCAAUAGUUGCUCAAGAUGAAAUGGGUAGACCUUUCAUUAUUGUACGAGAUCAAGGUAAAAAACAAAGAAAGCAUGGAAUAGAAGCAACAAAAUCACAUAUUUUAGCUGCAAGAUCAGUUGCAAGUAUAGUUAAAACUUCCUUAGGUCCUAGAGGUUUAGACAAAAUUUUAAUAAGUCCAGAUGGAGAUAUCACUAUAACAAAUGAUGGUGCAACUAUCUUGUCACAAAUGGAUCUAGAUAAUCAAAUUGCUAAACUCUUAGUUGAAUUAUCAAGAUCACAAGAUGAUGAGAUUGGAGAUGGGACUACAGGUGUUGUUGUAUUAGCUAGCGCAUUAUUAGAUCAAGCAUUGGAAUUAAUUGAAAAAGGAAUACACCCAAUCAAAAUUGCUAAUGGAUUUGAUGAAGCAUGUAAAAUAGCAGUGGCUCAAUUAGAUAAAGUUGCAGAUGAAGUAUUAAUUGAUGAAAAACCAAACCUUUUAAAGGCUGCAAAGACAUCUCUAGGUUCGAAGAUAGUAUCCAAAGCCCAUGAUCAUUUUGCAAAUAUGGCCGUUGAUGCUGUUUUAGCAGUAGCUGAUUUGACUAGAAGAGAUGUUGAUUUUGAGUUAAUAAAAAUGGAGAAAAAAGUCGGAGGAUCAAUUGAAGAUUCAAAAUUAAUCAAAGGUGUUUUGUUAGAUAAAGACUGGAGCCAUCCUCAAAUGCCUAAAAAAGUUGAAGAUUGUAAAAUUGCAAUUUUAACAUGUCCUUUUGAACCUCCAAAACCGAAAACUAAACACAAAUUGGAUAUUUCGACGGUAGAAGAGUUUAAAGUAUUGCAAGAGUAUGAACAAAAGAAAUUUCAGGAAAUGAUUGAUCUAGUCAAAGAUUCAGGAGCAAACGUGGUUGCUUGUCAAUGGGGAUUUGAUGAUGAAGCUAACCAUUUAUUGUUAGCUAAUAAAUUAAAUGCUAUAAGAUGGAUUGGAGGUUCUGAAUUGGAAUUAUUAGCGAUUGCAACGAAUGGGCGUAUAGUGCCAAGAUUUGAAGAUUUAAAUUCUGAAAAAUUAGGUAAAGCUGGUGUCAUAAAGGAAUUAGAAUUUGGUACAACAAAAGAUCGCAUGUUGGUAAUCGAGGAUUGUUCAAAUACAAAAGCUGUAACAUGCUUUAUCAGAGGUUCAAAUGAAAUGAUUAUUGCCGAAGGGGUAAGAGCCUUACACGACUCUUUAUGUGUUGUACGUAAUUUGAUAAGAGACAAUAGAGUAGUAUAUGGUGGUGGUGCUGCAGAACUAACUUGUUCAUUGGCCGUUUCUGAUGCUGCAGACAAACAAAAGGGGAUAGAUCAAUAUGCAUUUAGAGCUUUUGCUAGUGCUUUAGACACUAUACCAUUAACAUUAGCUGAGAAUUCAGGUUUGGACCCAAUAGAAACUUUGAGUAACUUAAAGGCUAAACAAAUUAAUGAAAAUAAUUCACAUUUAGGUGUUGAUUGUCUCGGUCAUGGUAAUAAUAAUAUGAAAGAUUUAUUUGUAAUUGAUCCAUUAAUCGGAAAGAAACAACAAUUACUAUUAGCUACUCAAUUAACGAGAAUGAUAUUGAAAAUUAAUGAUGUGAUUAUAAGUGGAACUGACGACUACUAG